GCCUCGACAAAACCAGCCACCACACAUCUUUCUCUGGCAGCUUGACAUGCCACAUUCCUGAUUUUGUAUUAAACAAGGAAAAGAAAAAAAAAUUCUACGAGAUACGGCACCAACGCCUCCCCAUGCAAUGUGGCUUGCCAGGGUACACAACGAGGGCUGUGAUAUACAUACUUCAUAAGCUCGGCACCGUUAGUCCUUAGUUUUUGAUACUAACGACCCUAACCAAAAUGGCCAAAGAUCCACAAGACGAGGGGGUCUACAAUUUUGGCCCCUCAUUGAUGCCCUUUCGUCAAGUCUCCUAUUGUUAGUGCUUCCUAAUUGCUGGACACUGAACCCAUCAUCCGCCAAUCAUGAAGAUAAGGGAACCUCCUAGAGUUCAGGCCUGUUCACAAAGUUCUUGUUAGUUUCUCCAAGAUCUUGUUGAACUAGCAUUUGCCAUUCACUAGAAUUGCGACAACCCAGUCACAGUGGCCCCUCGGUCCGGUGAGGGUAACAUCCUCGAUUUCUCUCAGGAGCCUGAACACCCGGAGGAUGGCGAGGUUAGCGUCCAGCAUUCCACCAUUUAGGAUGUCUCAACGAAUGCCAGGCACGCGCCCCUCAGGAUUGGACAGAGAGUCUUGUACUCCAUCUUGAUUUCAUUUCUUAUGGCCCCACUGUUGCUGAAAUGAGCCGCAAGAAAAGACAUUGUUCCCCUUCCCAAGGGGUCAGUGACAAGACCACCCUAAGGCUUAGCUGCUGUGACACUCCUCUGGAAUCCUUUUUUAUUCCCCCCUCUCCCCUCCUCUCGUCCAUUUUUUCUCUUCUUCUUUUCCUUCCUUCAGUGUUGUCGUUCUUUUCGCACACCAGUCAUUCUUUUGUCUUAGACACUACAUCCCACUCCAGUCAUUCCUUGAUAUACAGCUUCACAGCUUUCCAGCUCUCGCACACCACCUCGAGGUCAUCUCCAUUUUUUUUCCGCGUCGAUAUCUGACCAAUUAAAAUAAAGAAAGCAAAAAUGCGUUUCUCCAUCUUCGGUGCUCUCACUGCCCUCGCGGCUCUGGCUACUGCCCACACCGACCCUGAUUACAACCAGGGUCCUACUGGCAACCCCAUCUACACUCCCGGUCUGAACGAGGCCGUGCCCGUCGGCAAGCCCUACGCCAUCACCUGGGGCCCUACCACCGAGGGUACCGUCUCCCUGGUCCUUCUCCGUGGCGAGAGCACCAACAUGCAGACUCUCGAGACUAUUGCCGAGCAGAUCCCCAACACCGGCAAGUUCGAAUGGACUCCCAGCACCAGCCUUGAGGCCGAUGUCACCCACUACGGUCUCCUCCUGGUUGUCGAGGGAACUGGCCAGUACCAGUACUCCACCCAGUUCGGUAUCUCCAACCCUAACGGCGCUUCUUCUUCUUCUUCUUCUUCUU